AUGCCUCACACCGCAAUCUCCUUCUCGGGGCCUCUCACCCCUGCGAUUCUCUCUUCGCAUCCGGUUAUUACUUGGUACGCGAAAUACGCUGCUGAAUUUGUCGUCAACAAACACACCACAGCGCCAACCAAGUACUACGCACGGGAAGCCAAGCUAGUGAACACUGACAACUCGACGAUUCAUGGCGCGCGGGAAAUUUGGGAUUAUUAUAUCGCCCUCUAUGGACAGUUUGAACGAUGCAGCCACGAGAUGGUUUCGGUCACACUUUUGACCGACGAGCAGACUGGAAAGCACACACUGCACAUUGAAUGUAUCACAUCGCUUCAUUUGAAAGGAAGCCAAGAGGUAGUGCCGCUUCCUCAGUCGUUCGUGUAUGAGAUUUCGGAGGCAGAAGCUGGUUACGGAUGUGACGGAUUGCAGAUUUGGGAAAUCAGAUGUUACUACGACAGGGGAUUGUUGCAGAGGGCGGCUGAGAGGUCAUAA